CUGCUGAGCCUCACACUUUCUCCUGAGUUCUUAACUUUCGAAAGGUCCGGGAAGCAGGAAUACAGCCAUUGUGUUGGACCAGGGUUCGGGUUUGCAGCGACUGCGUGCUUUUGGACUUCCCGCCCCCGCCUUUACACAGGAGGCUAGCAGGCAGGUGGCCCCUGGCCGCCUCGCCCCAACCUUGGCUCUGCCCCCAGAGCCUGAUCCAAGCUAGCCGCUGCUCCCUCGUGGUGUGAGGGCGGUGAUGUUUUCCUCCCACCCACUUUUGAGUCCCCCCUCCCCCAUCUAGCACACUAGCUCUCGCCACAACCUGCAAGCCCCAGACCUCAGAGGAGCGCCCCGGGGAGCUCGGAGCGGGUGCACGCGUGGAAGCCGGUGGAGACCAGUGGCCAGCUUGAAUACACCAGUUUCUGAAAGUUUUGAGUUGCCUUUUGCAGUGGUCAAAAUGAGAAAAAAGUGGAAAUCAGGAAACAUGAAAUGCAUCUUCUCUUUUAUGAUUUUCUUUCUUUUCCUAGAAGGAAGCCAAACAGAACAAGUAAAACAUUCAGAGACUUAUUGUGUGUUUCAAGAAAAGAAAUACAGAGUGGGUGAGAGAUGGCAUCCUUACUUGGAACCUUAUGGCCUGGUUUAUUGUGUGAACUGCAUCUGCUCAGAGAAUGGGAAUGUGCUUUGUAACAGAGUCAGGUGUCCAAGCCUUCACUGCCUCUCUCCUGUGCAUAUUCCUCAUCUAUGCUGUCCUCGAUGCCCAGAAGAUUCCUUGCCUCCAGCAAACAAUAAGGUGACCAGCAAGUCGUGUGAGUACAAUGGGACAACUUACCAACAUGGUGAACUAUUCGUGGCUGAAGGACUGUUCCAGAACCGGCAACCCAAUCAGUGUACCCAGUGCAGCUGUUCGGAGGGAAAUGUGUACUGUGGCCUCAAGACUUGUCCAAAGUUAACCUGUGCAUUUCCAGUCUCUGUUCCAGAUUCAUGCUGCAGGGUGUGUAGAGGGGAUGGAGAAUUGUCAUGGGAGCAUUCUGAUGGUGAUAUCUUCAGGCAACCUGCCAACAGAGAAGCAAGACACUCAUACCAUCGCUCUCAUUAUGACCCUCCACUAAACCGGCAAGCUGGAGGUCUGCCCCGUUUUCCUGGGGCCAGAAGUCACCGAGGAGCUCUUAUGGAUUCCCAGCAAGCAUCAGGAACCAUUGUGCAGAUUGUCAUAAAUAACAAACACAAGCAUGGACAAGUGUGUGUUUCUAAUGGAAAGACUUAUUCUCAUGGAGAAUCCUGGCACCCAAAUCUCCGGGCUUUUGGUAUUGUGGAAUGUGUGCUGUGUACUUGUAAUGUUACCAAGCAAGAGUGUAAGAAAAUCCACUGUCCCAAUCGAUACCCCUGCAAGUAUCCUCAAAAAAUUGAUGGGAAGUGCUGCAAGGUGUGUCCAGGUAAAAAGUCAAAAGAAGAACUUCCAGGCCAAACCUUUGACAGCAAAGGCUACUUUUGUGGAGAAGAAACGAUGCCCGUCUAUGAGUCUGUGUUCAUGGAGGAUGGGGAAACCACCAGAAAAAUAGCACUAGAGACUGAAAGACCACCUCAGGUAGAGGUCCAUGUUUGGACCAUACGAAAGGGCAUCUUGCAGCAUUUCCAUAUUGAGAAGAUCUCCAAGAGGAUGUUUGAGGAGCUCCAUCACUUCAAGCUGGUAACUAGAACAACUCUGAGUCAGUGGAAGAUUUUCACUGAAGGAGAAGCUCAGAUCAGCCAGAUGUGUUCAAGCCGUGUGUGCAGAACAGAGCUUGAAGAUUUGGUCAAAGUUUUGUACCUGGAAAGGUCUGAAAAGGGUCACUGUUAGGCAAGACAGACAGUAUUGGAUAGGGUAAAGUAAGAAAAUGCAAGCUGCAGCUGGACUGCCGGCUUAUUUUGCUUAAGUCAACAGUCAACAGUGCCCUAAAAGCCCAAAGUCAAAUGCAGUUAAUUUUUCACGCCAUGCACAGCAUAACUUGCUCCUUUAUAUGAAGCGGUAUGUUCAGCUCUUAAACAUCUCCUCCAAAGAGACUAGCAGAGUCUUUACUUAUUUGAGGGAAUAGAAAUAUAGCACACCACAGCACUGCUCUAAUUUUUAGAAGAAACACAUUUCUUUACUGGAUAAAGAAUAAACAAAACCCAAGAAUGUCUAUUCUUGAAAGUUAUUCUGAUGAAAGAAAGAGAAGGAAAUUGUUUAGUGGGAGUUCUGUAAUACAAAGAGAAUGCAAGGAUAAAAAUUUACAGCUGAUUUUAGAAUGUCUUGCUUUAACACAGCUCUAACUACACAUAUACAAACAUCAUUCUGAGGCAAAGCCAACAAAGACUUCCCUUUGUUGCACUUGCCUGGCUUUUAAGUAUUUUGAGGUUAUAAGUCUACAGAAGGAUAAAUAAGGAAUUGUUAGCAGAAUGUUCUGCACUUGUGUCUGUGCCAUGAUUGUUGAAGUCACCAAUUAUGGUGACAGGUUGAAAAAUAAGAGCAGAAUUUCAUGAUCAUAUUAAAUUUGAAGUAGUAAACAACUUUUUCCUAAUCAUACUUCUUCUCCUCCAUCUUUGAAUUGAUGGGCCCUCCAGAAAGAAGCUAGUAUUGGGUAAGAUUUUCAGAAACUGAAUCCAUAUAAGACCAAACUAUUAUUAAAGGAGUUGAUAGGUGUCAAAAUAGCCAUUUUGUGUCUUCAAGUCAUUAACACUAGUAAAUAAGUCUAUACUCAAUACUCAGUAUGUAUUAAUCUUUUUAUUGUUGUUGUUGCUCCUGCUGCUAGGGCUUCCUACUCUGGCUAACUUCUUUCUGAUAGACCAAGAGAAAGAAGAUCACCAUAGCUCCAACAUAGUAGGAGCCAGACCUGAACCUGCAUCAUGUCCAUAACAAAGCAGGCACCCCAUCCAUGUGAGCUAUUGGCUUUCCCUAAUAUUCUUGAGACUAAUAUCCCAAAACUGUAAGUUAAGUGAUUGGAUUUCAAAAGCUUAUUAAAAGGACAGUUUACCUUUUCCAGUUUGAAGAUUUGAAUUUAUCUUGCAAAAGGGCUUGCAAUCUUCUAAGUCAUUAAGUCACAACUUAAAAAAACUGAACCUCCCUUAAAAAAAAACUGAAUAUUUAUUUGGGGAGAUGGGUAUACUGAUCUUUGCCCUAAACUUUUCUGCCAUGCUCACCUCAUCUACUCAGCAUGGAUUUGAAUAACAGAUGGCAGAAAAGGCUGUUCCCCAUUUAUCUACUUGAGUCCGGUAUCAGAGCAUGAGUCAUCCACUCUGACUUUUGGGUUUAGUAAUAAACAAUUAAUUCACCACAACAAGCACCUCAAGCCCCCCUUCUAGAUUUAUAUCCUCAGAGAGGGCAUGAAAGAACACUAGUCCGUACUCUGAAAUAUUAAAAGUCCAUACAUUUCCUAUUUCCUAUUCUAUAACCAUAGAUGAAAGAGACAUUUUUUCAUACACAUUUCAUGCCACUAGAAAAACAUAAAUGUCCCUGACUUUCUAACAGUGUUCUCAUAUGAUACACAGGACCUUGUGGCCAGGCCUUCAUACAGCUUCUUCCAAGGCAAAGGAUAUCCAGGGCUGAAAGUCCAGGGAAAAGUUUUGGGAGAGAAGGGUAAUUAAGUAGCUGCUGCCUCCUUCCUAGAGGUGGCAGUAUUCCCAUAGUGUGAAAUUAACCAAGUAACCUAAUCCUGAAGCAUACAGUGAUUUCCCCUUUGAUGACUCAUCCCCCAAAUCUUCCCACCCAAGUGUUAUCUGAAAGCUCAACCUUAGGGAAACACCCAGUGACCUUCCCUAGAUAGACUCCUGCCCCUAGGUGCUGGGACACACCUUUUCAAAGCACUGUGUGAAACAGAAGCUGAGGAGCCCUGCUAGGCCAACUAGAAUUCUUCCAGCUUUUGAUGUGUAGGGAGUAGGACCUAAGGAAAAGAAGCCAAGCUGCAUGUAGUUGGUGGAGAGGAAUGGAUAUUGUUCUUCUGGUGUAUUUAUUUGUAUCAUAAACACUUGGAACAACAAAAUACCAUUUAGCAGUUGUAGCCAUUUCAUAGUUAAUUCAUGUAAACAAAUAUGAGUAACAUAGCAAUAUUACCUUUUCACUCUUCUCACAGGACAUGUACCUAACUUUGGUACUUAUUUAUGUAGCCAACGUAUUUCUGUAUUUUUGAAUUAAUAAAAAUAAAUUUGGAAAAACAG